UGGAAGCUUCUGGAUCUCAGACAAAGGACGCUCUACAAGCGAGUGAUGCUGGAGAACUACCACCACUUGGUGUCACUGGGGUUUACAAGCAUCUGUUCCUUGCAUCAAGCCACAGAGAGCCCAGGACAUAGAGGCCCAGGACUUGGAGAAAUCGGGAAAGAGCUGGGGCAUGCUCCCCCACUGCGCCCCUGCCUUUGGGGUUGCAGGGGAUCCUUUUGUUCUGUUUCUUCUUUUAGACUCUACAGAUUCCACCUCAGUCAUCUAACCCCACAGAGGGAGACUAGCUUCUUCCCCUUGGUUGUUUUUGACCCUUAUCAGGCAGAUCCGGGGUUCCCCAGGGAAGUUGUGGAUUCCUCAGUGGAGUCUGGCAUAAGGAACAGAGACAUCUGCUCUGUUUGAUGGUGAAACAGGGGGCUUUGGCUUUCGGGGCACAGGCAGCCCUUCAGCUCUGUCUGCUUCUUGAUACUGCCUGGGGCCUUGCUCCAACCUUCUGUUUGUCCUUCAGGGUCUCCACACUGAUCCCCCAUUUCCCACAAGCCAGCCCGUCCUGCAGGCCAAAUAAUAACAUCAUUAUCCUCUUGGGCUGAAUCACCACCUACUUAAGAUUCACCGUGCAUGCCUGACCCCUGUACACUCAGAGCACCUUGCUUCCUUAGAGGGACUCUGCCGUUUCUCUGGACCUUCCCAGUGGCACUUUCUAGAGAGUUCUUCAUUCUCUGUUCCUGAAGAUACUAAUGCUGGACUGAGUCCAGGAGUGACUAACCUGCUUCCUUUUCAUGGACAGGGUUUUCAUCCUCCAAGCCUCACCUGGUCUCCCGGCUAGAGCGAGGAGAGGGGCCCUGGGUAGCAGACGUCCACAGGAUGGGGACCACCACAGGGAUGCAGGCAGGUGACAGGAUGAAGAGCAAACCGAUAAUUUCAAAGCAGAAAAAUUGUCCAGAAGAACUCACAGGGGCUGACCUUCAGGGUGGCAACAAGGGCCAGGUAGCCGGGCGGUCAGAGGAAACACUUGAGCACAGACGGAAACAUGCUUAUUGUCCACAGACAGGUUUCAGCAGGGGUGACCCUCCCAGGGAGAAAGGCCAAGGCAGCUCCCCAGGUGAGGAAAGAGAGAUACAGAGAAGUAGCUGCAGAGGUAGGCAGGAUUUGGUUCUAAGGCAGCAGGGUUCCAAAGGCGCAGAGAAACAGUUCCUGUGUCAGCAGUGUGGGAAAUCCUUCAGCCGGAGCUCCAACCUCAUCAAGCACCGGAUCAUCCACAGUGGCGAGAAGCCCUAUGAGUGUGGCGAGUGCGGGAAACUCUUCCGGCGCAGCUUCGCGCUCCUGGAGCACCAGCGCAUCCACAGCGGUGAGAAGCCCUAUGCGUGUGGCGAGUGCGGGAAGACUUUCACACGCAGCUCCAACCUCAUCAAGCACCAGAUCAUCCACAGUGGUGAGAAGCCCUACGAGUGCGGCGAGUGCGGGAAACUCUUCCGGCGCAGCUUCGCACUCCUUGAGCACCAGCGCAUCCACAGCGGCGAGCGGCCCUACACGUGCAGCGUGUGCAGCAAGGCCUUCAGCAGGAGCUCCAACCUCAUCGAGCACCAGCGCACACACAGCGGCGAGAAGCCCUACACGUGCAGCCAGUGCCCGAAAGCCUUCAAGGGCAUCUCCCAGCUCAUUCACCACCAGCGCAUCCACAGUGGGGAGAAGCCAUUCGAGUGCAAGGAGUGUGGGAAGGCCUUCCGGGGGCGCUCGGGCCUCAGCCAGCACCGGCGGGUGCAUAGCGGUGAGAAGCCCUAUGAGUGCAGUGAGUGCGGGAAGACCUUCAGCCGGCGAUCCAACCUCUUCAAGCACCAGGUGGUGCACAGUGAGGAGAGACCCUACAAGUGUCAAGACUGCAGGAGGGCGUUCCGCAGCGGCUCCAUCCUCCUGGAGCACCGGCGCACCCACAGCAGCCUGCGGCCUGGCGCCUGCGGCCACUGCGGCGAGGCUUCCAAAGGGAAACCGCAGCUCGGCCGGAAGCCGAAAACUCACCGCGGAAGGAAGCUCUCGGAGGGGAGCAACUCAGAAAAGGUGCCGGCCUGCCUGGCCCUCUGGAGAGCCACUGCGGAGCCCCGCCCCGAGGACGAGAAACUCCGUCCAGACUCCUCCCACGCCACCGCCCCCAGCGCCUUCUGACGGGGUGCACUGUGGGAGGGCUGGCUUUAAAAUGAGGCCCACCUUCCCCACCUCAUCCCCCUCCCUUUGCUCAUUGAUGAUGCUGCAAUUGAAGCACCGAGUGCGCCGCAGGCAGACGGGCCCCUGCGCCCGUGCCGGCUCCUGUGCGGUGCGCACGGGCGUGUGUGUGCCACCAAGGUGCACGCACAUUUGUAUUCCACCCUGGAGCCGCUGAAAGUGCUCUUGCCCCAUGUGCCUGGGGCCUGAGUGCUGUGGGUGGGAGGGAGCGGGUGCCUUGAAUUA